AUGACGGGCAAGAUUCGAAGAGUAGCCGUAAUCGGCGCUGGACCGUCAGGCGCAAUUGCUACAGAUGCCUUGGUCAAGGAACAAGCUUUCGACACAGUCCGAGUCUUUGAUCGACGACCCAUCCCGGGAGGAACCUGGAUCUAUACUCCGCACUUGCCCGCCAGUAUUCCAUCUCUCAAGACUCUCCUAGAUGGCAAAGCCGAUGCUCCCGUUCCAAUUCCACUUCAACUCCCAGCCCAGACGCCCAAGUCAGAGGCCGUAAAUAGCCACCAGAUCCGAUUUUCAGAUACCGCUCAGCAUGAGCAUCUCCACACCAACAUUGCCCCAGAGAUUAUGAGCUUUACUACUGAGCCCUUUCCGGAAACUCUGACAGAUCGGAUCCGAGAGAAGUAUGGUGACGACGCUCCUUUCCGCGGCCGGGAACAAAUUCGAGAGUGGGUCGAGAACAUCUUCGUCCGCCAUGGGCAUGAGGAACUGCUCGAACUCAGUACUACUGUCGAGCUUGCAACCAAAGAGGGCGACAAAUGGGUUUUGACACUAAGAAAAGAGCUUCCUGGAAAAGACCACUGGUGGCAAGAGAGCUUUGAUGCGCUCAUUGUAGCAACCGGGCACUAUAACGUACCCUGGCUACCAAAUAUUGAGGGGAUCAAAGAAUAUGACGAGAGGUUUCCUGGACGGAUUGUACACAGCAAGCACUUCAGAGAUUCCGACAAGUACAAGGGAAAGAAAGUCAUCGUCGUUGGAGGUUCAGUGUCGUCUCACGAGAUCCUUCACGAAGUUCUCCCAGUUGUUCAACAUCCGGUCUAUGCUUCACUUCGCGGGGAGCCUUUGCCUCACUUUGGCUGGGCUCCUUUCACACACCCCCACAUCUCCGUCCAGAAACAGAUCAUCAAGUUCGAUUCAGAUAACGGCGCGAUCAUCUUUGAAGACGGUACCAUAGUUGAAGGUGUGGAUUAUGUGGUCUUUGGGACUGGCUUCACCUUUAGCUUUCCCUUCUUGCCCGAAGUGCAAGAACGCAUGCGCCAAGCUGACCGUCGGUUGUCGGGAGUUUACUUCCACACUUGGGAUAUCGAAGAUCCAGCCCUCGCCUUCUUAGGCAUGUGUGGAGGUGGAUUUACUUUCCGUCUCUUUGAGUGGCAGGCUGUAGCAGUCUCCCGUCUUCUGGCAGGCAGGGGCAACCCUUUGCCGCCAAAGGAAGAGCAGAAGCAGUGGGAGAAAGACCGUGUUGCCGAAUUCGGUGGAGGCAAGGAUUACUACACCAUAGCACCCUUUUAUAAAGAGGUAUUUGAGUACUUCAGAUCAGUGGCAGGGGACCCAGCGCCCGGAACGACAGGUCGCGUCUUGCCACCUUUCGACGACAAGUUGCUCGACAUAUGGGUAGCCAUGGGAUCCGCGAAAGCCAACUUUUGGGAAGACUCUAGGAAGAAAGCAGAGGCUAAGCUGAAUGAACAGCUCAUUAGAUCGAGGUUGUAG